GCGUCGACAUCAACAUCGCCGUACUCGUGACUUGACUUCCGGCGUUUGGAUCCGUCCCGCGACUCGACUGUGAAGUUUUAUGGGUCACCCAGUUGUUCUAACGCCAUGGCAACGACUUCGCGUGUCGUCUUUGCGCUGCUAUGUUUCCUCCACGACUCCGCCGGGGCUCUGCGCUUUGCGUCCUACUACGGCGACCACAUGGUGCUGCAGAGGUCUCCAGACAGAGCCGUGCUGUGGGGCUACGGCCCCGAGGGCGCUCAGGUCACCGUCUCCCUGUUGGGACCCAGUGUGCAGAAAACCAGACCAGUGUCUGUGACAAAGGGUAUCUGGCGAGUGACCCUUGACCCCGUGGUCCCAGGUGGGCCCUAUAAUGUGACAGCUGCAGCUGUUGACGGCGACUCGGCCACGCUGACAGAUGUGCUGUUUGGGGACGUUUGGCUGUGUGGAGGACAGAGCAACAUGUACUUCGAGACCUCUCAGGUUUUUAACGCGUCAGAGGAAUUAGCCCUCGCGGCAGCGUAUCCUCAUGUGAGGACUUUCAUGGUAGCCCUCAGGCAGAGUGAAACUGAGCUGACUGAUCUGAUCAAAGUGGAAUUUCCUUGGUCUGUCCCUUCAGCAAGAGGUGUAGCAAACUUCUCGGCAGUGUGUUGGCUCUUCGGGCGUUACAUGUAUGAGAACCUGAAGUACCCUGUGGGGCUGGUGGAGUCCUGUUGGGGAGGCACACCGAUAGAGUCCUGGUCAUCGCCAAGAGCCCUGCAGCAGUGUGGAUUAGAGGCGAAUACAAACAGUUCUCUUCCCGAAAUGAAAAACUCUGUGCUGUGGAAUUCAAUGAUCCACCCACUGCUCAACAUGACGAUCAAAGGAGCCAUUUGGUAUCAAGGUGAAGCUAAUGCAGAUUAUCAUCAGGACAAAUACAACUGCUCCUUCCCUGCUAUGAUCUCUGACUGGAGAAUGGCUUUUCACCAGGGCUCAGGGGGGCAGACCGCUAAGGACUUCCCCUUCGGAUUUGUUCAGCUGUGUACCUACCAAAAAGGCUCCUUAGACGAUGGUUUCCCAAACAUCCGCUGGCACCAGACAGCAGACAUUGGCUUUGUCCCGAACCCAAAGAUGCAUCGAACCUUCAUGGCUGUUGCUUUGGAUUUACCAGAUGAAACAUCACCCUACGGAACGAUCCAUCCCCGGGACAAGCAGGAUGUAGCACACCGGCUGACUCUAGGAGCAAGGGCAGUGGCUUAUCAUGAAAAGGUGUCUUUCCUUGGACCAUUCCCCUCCCAAAUCCUGUCCGUGCAGCUAUAUGUCAACAUUACCUACAACCAGAAAGUCUCAGUCACUCCGUCUAAAGACAUCUUUGAGAUUUGCUGCUCAGAGCUUGGAGCUCCGUGUGGGCCUACGUCCAUCUGGGUUCCAGCUCCCAUCAUGCACUGGGGUCCAACCACUGUCCAGCUCUGUGCCAGUAUGUGUCCACCCACUAAAGAGGUAGCUGCCCUGCGAUAUGCUUGGAGAGACUGGCCCUGUGACUUUAAAGCCUGUCCCAUCUAUAGUGCCAAUAGGAUUUUACCAGCACCUCCUUUUAUUAUCAACCGCUACCUACAAAAGACACUGGAAGCUGGAAAGGAAUGAUGUAACUAGAAUUGUCUUUUAUGUACAUACAUAAACACAGAUGGCACAUUAUUUUGAUUGGCUGUUGAAGAAGACAAGUGCCAGAUGAUGUUGACAGUGGACUGUUGCUUUACCAGGAAUAACAUUUAUUGUCAGUGUUUCCAAGAGCCCAAGAUACAAGAUGUGCUGACACAGAUGUGUAAAGAUGUGUUACACAGUAUAUUUUGACUUUUGUGUUGCCAGGUUUAAUAUUUGCAACAUUUCAGAAGUACAGAUCUUACAAAAGAGCAGAUGUUACCUUUAGGGUUGAUAACUUUACCAAUUCCAGUCUAGCACACCAGUCACACAAUGUCUUUAGUUUCUUUAACAGAUCGGCCUGAACAAUGGAGCAUCGUUGUGAAGUACUUACAGAAUCUAACGGCUUUACAAAGCCGUUGGUUCUGUAAUUUGAACUAAUAAAUGACAAAUCAAUA